AUGGCAGAUUUAUAUCCCUCGAUAGCACAAUGCGCUGUCGUAGCGACUGCAUUCAAGGUGCUGCUCUUCCCAGCAUAUAAAUCCACCGAUUUCGAGGUCCAUAGGAAUUGGCUGGCCAUUACGAACAGCUUGCCCGUGCAAGAAUGGUAUUACGAGAAGACGUCAGAAUGGACACUCGAUUAUCCUCCCUUCUUUGCGGCCUUCGAAUGGAUCCUGUCGCAGUUCGCGAAGCUGGUGGACCCGGAGAUGUUGAAGGUCUACAAUCUAGAAUAUGAUAGUUGGCAGACGGUCUAUUUCCAGCGCGCAAGUGUUAUCGUCACCGAGCUGGUGCUGGUAUACGCGCUGCAUCUUUUCGUUCAAUCUGCGCCGCUCGCAUUCAGACGCCCAUCGCAUGCCGCUGCUCUCUCCAUAUUGUUAUCGCCUGGUCUGUUGAUCAUCGACCAUAUCCAUUUCCAAUAUAACGGCUUCUUGUAUGGGCUGUUGAUCUUGUCCCUCGUGUUGGCAAGGAAGAAGUCCACCCUCCUCGCCAGCGGCCUCCUGUUUGCGGUGUUGCUCUGUCUGAAGCACAUCUACCUCUAUCUGGCACCCGCAUAUUUUGUCUACUUGUUGCGCGCAUAUUGUCUAGGUUCAAAGUCGAUUUUCCACAUCAGAUUCGGGAAUGCUUUCAAGCUUGGAACAGGGAUUAUUGCCGUGUUUGGCGUGGCGUUUGGACCUUUUGUCUACUGGGGCCAGAUUCCUCAGCUGCUGAGCAGAUUGUUCCCUUUCUCGAGAGGGCUCUGCCAUGCGUAUUGGGCGCCAAAUAUAUGGGCCAUGUAUUCAUUUACUGAUCGGGUCUUGAUAUAUGUCGCGCCUCGACUUGGCCUUGCCGUGAACCAAGAUGCUGUUAACAGUGUCACCCGUGGCCUAGUUGGGGAUACCUCGUUUGCGGUCUUGCCCGAGAUCACAGCAAGGACUACCUUUAUCCUGACGCUUUUCUUCCAAGCCGUUCCCUUGAUUAAGCUCUUUUUCGACCCGACGUGGGAUACAUUCAUGGGCGCGGUUACACUGUGUGGCUACGCGUCAUUCCUAUUUGGCUGGCACGUCCAUGAGAAAGCCAUCCUGCUCGUCAUCAUCCCCUUCAGCCUCAUCGCGCUUAAGGACCGCCGGUACCUGGGGGCGUUCCGGCCACUCGCCGUGGCAGGCCAUGUCUCCCUCUUCCCGCUCCUAUUCACGGCCGCCGAAUUCCCUAUCAAGACGGUGUACACCAUUUUCUGGCUUGUCCUUUUCCUACUCGCAUUCGACCGACUCGCGCCGGCUAGUCGACGAUUGCGGAUUUUCCUUUUCGAUAGAUUCAGCCUGUCUGUUGCAUCAGAUGGUAUGGGGGAAGACAUUCGAGUUCCUACCGCUAAUGUUCACGAGUUCUUACUCGGCGGUUGGGGUGGUGGGUAG